CCGUCUCCAGCCAGUGUUCCGCUUGUCAGCCGGUGAGAAGGCCUGUCUGCUGCCUGCGCAUCCCGCCACACACACACGCCACCGGCGGCCAUGAGGACCCACGUGCUGUUCGCCGCCUGCUUCCUCGCAGUUUUGGCUGCCGUUUAUGCCGAUGAAGCGCCCCAGGGAGUGCGGCAGGUGCAACAGCAGCCCCAGCAGGUGGAGUUCCAGAGGCCGCAGGCGGAGUUCCAGAGGCCGCAGGCGCCGCUUCCCUACCCGCUCAGGCGCCAGAGCAGUGGCCUUGAUCGCGCCCGCUCCGCCGUCAUGGGCUUCAUGAGGAGCAUCAUGGACGCCGGCGCGCGGUUCCGCCGCAUGGCCAACGACCGCUUGUCGACCAUGUUCAAGCGCCGCUCGUUCCGGAGGUCGCAGCAGGACGAGACCGUGCUGCGCCGGCAAUAGUCGACCGAAGCGGUGCCGGCGCCGUACGCCGCUCUUCAGUGCCUUGUGUGCUUGCGAGCGUCUCCGUCCGCUCGGUGUAUGCCGUCAGAUCUGAGCGGCUCUCACUGACUUGUUCUGCUCUGGUGGUGCAUCUGGGUGCAAAUUGUUACGUGAGCCAUGGAAACCGACCAUUGCACCCACGUGAAUCGCAAAAUCGAUUUCUGUUUGUUGUUAUUUGUGCAUUUGUUAUUUGUUUACUAUGUCUCUUGAGACCAUGCCCUCUUGAGCUAUGAGGUACCAAAUACUCAGCUACAUUCCAACGACUUGCAAUGGUAUUUGAGGAAAUGCGUUGUUUGUAACGGCGUGCGUCGGUGGCCAGUUUGUCAUGAGUGUCAGCAAUUUGGAUGCUGGUCUAUUUUGUAGCUUUAGUUAUUUAUUUAGCGCAGUAUCCACGCGCAUAAAUCAAACAUUCUGUGACUUGCUGAGCGCUACCAGAUGUGAAGGCAUCAAAAUAAAGUCCAUCUUUGGCUGACA